AAGGAAUUUAGAAUAUGCGGAGAGGUAUUCGUCUGCAGCAUAAUGAAUGGGGAGUGGUAGUGAAUCGGGGCACGCAAAGGGAAAGGAAAAUUAAUCCCCUCAUUAUUAUAUGACAUACACUUACACGAGUUAUUAUUAUUAUUUAUUUUUAUUUUGAUUCUUAAAAUACCAAAUCAGAACUAUAACCUAAUCUAUCUAUCUAGUUUUGUUUCACAUAUCUGAAAAAGAAAAGAAAACCUUAGGGGAGGGGAAGUAACGCAAAACCGAAACGCUCAACAUUCACAUUGUAAAACUCUUCAUCAUAGCAAUUCCCUUCCUUUUCUCCCUCCCUCUCUCUCUUGGCAAUCCCUUUCUUCUUCGCUGUCAGGUGCACCUUCUAUAAUAACAGUAAGUCAGUGGUGGAGAGUUAUCAGAAAUAGAUGAAACAGCAGUUAUAAAUUUAUAAUGUCUGGACUGAUCGAAGGACUUCCUGACGCUGUUGCAAUUAGGUGCCUUGCACGUGUUCCCUUCUACCUCCACCCAGUGUUAGAGCUUGUCUCUCGAUCUUGGCAAGCAGCUAUUUGUAGCCCUGAACUAUUUAAAGCUCGGCAGGAGGUUGGUUCGACUGAGGAUCUGUUAUGUGUCUGUGCUUUUGAUCCAGAGAACUUAUGGCAGCUGUAUGACCCUAUGCAAGAUCUCUGGAUUACACUUCCUGUUCUUCCCUCAAAGAUCAGGCACCUUUCCAACUUUGGCGCUGUUUCUACUGCUGGAAAGUUGUUUGUGAUUGGUGGUGGAAGUGAUGCUGUUGAUCCUUUGACUGGUGACCAAGAUGGUUGUUUUGCAACAGAUGAAGUUUGGUCAUAUGACCCUGUAGCCCGGGAGUGGGCCUCUCGUGCAUCAAUGCUCGUUCCCCGUUCUAUGUUUGCAUGCUGUGUUUUGAAUGGAAAAAUUGUUGUGGCUGGGGGCUUCACUAGCUGCAGAAAAUCAAUAUCUCAAUCAGAAAUGUAUGAUCCUGACAAGGAUAUUUGGAUUCCAAUGCCUGAUCUUCAUCGCACUCAUAAUUCGGCCUGUUCAGGAGUAGUGAUUGGUGGAAAGGUGCAUGUGCUGCACAAGGAUAUGUCAACAGUGCAAGUUUUAGACAAUGCAGGGCCCGGGUGGACUGUCGAGGAAUGUGUGUGGCUCCAAGGUCAGAUGGCAGUUGUCGGUGAUGCACUUUAUGUGAUGAGCCAUGGAUUAAUCUUCAAGCAGGACAAAGAAGUGAGAAAGGUUGUAGGUUCAGCAUCUGAGUUUCGAAAGAGAAUUGGCUUUGCAAUGACUGGACUAGGUGAUGACUUAUACGUGAUUGGAGGCUUCAUUGGACCAGAUAGAUGGAAUUGGGACAUUAAGCCAUUAUCCGAAGUUGAUGUUCUCACACUUGGAAGUGAGAGACCAACUUGGCGCCAAGCAGCUCGGAUGACACGGUGUCAUGGUACUAUUCUUGGUUGUACGCUGCUGAGAAUUUAGGUUUUCACUUUCUAGGUUCUAGUGUAAUUUGUGCUCGCUGAUUUGCGUCCCUUCAGCUAGACAAAGAAUCGGUUGUUCAAUGGCUUACCUGUUUUGUAUGUAAGCCAUAAUAUCUGUCCUUGUUUUUAAGCUGAUCACAUGCGGUAACGAGGUGAGUUUCCGUAUCUGUUCUGUUUGUAGCUAAACAGUUAAGGAUCACCACUAACAAGCCAACAAAUUGGUGCUAUUCCUAUUCCCACCUUGAAAAUUUAUCACUUUGCCAGGAAAAAUCAACUUUAUUUA